AAAGUAGGUCUUUUAAAUCUACCAGUGCAAAAGGAAAUGUGGUGCAAGAGAAAGGGUGCUCAAUUCACGAUGAUUCUUGCUGGGUGCAGAGGCACAGGAAAAACCACUUUCCUCAACACACUUGUCGGAGAAGAAUUGGAAAGUGAAAUCACAACUUGUGAGCCGAUGCAGGUCCGUGACAGAAAGUACCAUCUUCAAGAAGACAAGUUCGACAUGGAUUUGACCGUUGUUGAUAUGCCUGAUUUCGGCGCAAAUAUCGACAAUCAAAACACCUGGCUUCCACUUGUUAAGUACAUCGAGUACCAAUAUCGGUCAUAUUUGAUUCAAGAAGAGCAGCCGCUUCGUCAUCAAUUGAAGGAUAACCGUGUUCAUGUUUGUGUCUACUUCAUCAAUCCCACAAAUACCGAGUUGAGUUCUUUGGAUAUUGAGUCGAUGAAGGAAAUCUCCAAGAGAGUAAGCCUCAUUCCAGUCAUUGCCCGCAGUGACACCCUCAAUAAAGAUGAGUUGCACAACUUCAAAAAUAUCAUCACUAAAACCUUGAAACAGAAUGAAAUUGAAGUCUGCAAAUACGUCACUGAUACCUUUGCAACCGAGAAGAUUAACACGCACUCACCAUAUGCAAUUAUUGGCUCCAAUGUUCUCUAUACCAAUCCUGAUGGAAAACUUGUUCGGGCCAGGAAGUACGGCUGGGGCAUGGUCGAAGUCGAAAACUCGGACCAUUGUGACUUUGUGCACAUUCGCGACUUGCUUAUGUCUGAGCACCUUCUUGACUUAAUCAGCGCAAUGGAAACCCAUUAUAUCCUGUUCAGACAGAGAUUUUUGAGACAAAGAUUGAACAGCGCUAAAACAGCUUUGAAUCAGACCGAUCCGUUCCCCCUGAAUGCGCUCAAUGGAGAAGAAGACGGGCUUGCGUCUUAUGUUAUGUACAAGAAAACCUUAGGGCUUGACGACAUGGUAAUGCUUGAGAAGUAUAGUGGAGAGGAGGAACAGCUCCAGCAAGAAGCCAGAAACCAUUUGGAUGAUAUCAUUCGGAAGCAGGAGGGUAAGUUCAGAGAGCACAAAGCAGCACUCUACACGAAGCAAAAAAUCUACAACAAUGAUUUAGAGGAAAUCUAUCAAACUGUGAGGCUGUUGGAAAAAGAGAUUGAAAAGUUG